UUUGGAGAGGAGGGACAACAACAACAGCAAGGCCAGGAGAGUCAGCAAGAGGGAGUGAUUGUUGAACUUAAAAGGGAACAGAUUCGGGAACUAAUCAGACAUGCUAAAUCUAAUUCAAAGACCCUUUCCUCCCAAAAUGAACCAUUCAACCUGAGAAACCAAAAACCCGUCUAUUCGAACAGAUUUGGAAGGAUGCAUGAGAUCACCCCCGAGAAAAACCCCCAGCUUCGGGACUUGGAUGUGUUCCUUAGUUAUGUGGAUAUGAAAGAGGGAGGUCUUCUUAUGCCAAACUACAAUUCAAAGGCCAUAGUAAUCCUAGUUCUUAAUAAAGGAGAAGCAAAUAUUGAACUUGUUGGCCUAAAAGAACCGCAACAGCAGCAGCAAGAGGAAAGUUGGGAUGUGCAGAGGUACAGUGCUGAGUUGACCGAAGACGAUGUAUUUGUGAUCCCAGCAGCUUAUCCAGUCGCCAUCAACGCUACCUCAAAUAUGAAUUUCCUUGCUUUCGGUAUCAAUGCUGAGAACAACCAGAGGAACUUCCUUGCAGGUGAGAAAGACAAUGUGAUAAGCGAGAUACCUAGCCAGGUGUUGGAGGUUGCUUUCCCUGGAUCAGGUGAGAAGGUUGUGAAGCUGAUAAAUAAGCAGAGCUUAUCCUACUUUGUGGAUGCUCAGUCUCAACAAAAGGAGGAGCAAAGUAAGGGAAGAAAGGGUCCAUUGUCUUCGAUUUUGGACACUCUUUACUGAAUAAGUAUAAAGUAACUAAGAUGUAAUGCAGUGAGAGCUCAUGGUGAGUGUGGAAUUAACGUAUCGGGCCAUCUAAAAAUAAGUAGAGCUGCUCCUGCUCCAUGUAGCUUUUUCCACUACGAAUAAUGAAUAAAUCGAGCACAUAUAUAAUGCUCGCGUUUUUUGAUUUUCAA